UCAGUGAAAAUCCAGCCAUCAUUUAUUACAAAUAAAAACAUUAAUAAUGGAAACACGGUAUUAUGAAGGUUGUGGACGAGAGGGACCCAUAAGAUGUAUAUUUCUUGGAGAAUUUCAUCCCGUCGCUGGACCUAAAAUAGCAUGCCAGUUCCCUGAAGAUUUCAUUUCAAAGGAUUUAUUUGAUUCAUUAAGCACAUACAUAAUCCCCAAACCGAUUUUACAAAAGAAAAACAUAACUUUCAAUGCUCCAGCUCACAAGAUAUUGGGCUACCCGAUCUACCUCAAGAGUCCGAGGUAUCCACGAAAUGUAUAUGUUUUCAACUUGUGCUUUGUCUGCGAUAACUGGUCGCGGACUGUUCAGUAUGAACCAGUAGUGAAGAAACUAGGAGAACAUCUGAUAACAUUAGAAGAAGAGAGUGCAUUUGUGUCUGGAGGCUCAUCACGUAUGCCCACGUUCCUCGCUCACCUUCUGUACGACCUGAACACGUAUCGCAAGACAACUGUCACAGAGGGGGACACAAUUAUACAUGUGAAGGUGACAGAGAUACGAGAUGACCCAAGCACAGUUAACGAUCAUGAUGUGCCGGUGUUGGUAGCGUCUAUUGGUCUGCCGAGGCCUGGCAACUCUAGCAAUCUCAGCGAGGAACCGGACUCCAGUUCCCGUGAGGAUCUCAGGGAUGAGCUGCAGGAUCAACAGCCAAUGGAAAUAUACACUAAUUCUAACUGGGACCUUACCACCAAACAGCUUCUGCCAUACAUCAACGGGUAUUACCACGUGUCUAAGAUUGCGGCUAAAGUGAAUGUUGAAAAAACUCUUGUCAAAGCUUGCAUUCAGAACUUAGUCUACUAUGGAGUGGUGAAACUUAUACCUUUGCUGAAAUUCAGCAACAUGUACCGAGCUACCGCUAAAAUAAAUCGCAUCAAAACAGACAUCGAAUUACAGAACGCUUGUCUCUCUUUUAUUCAACUCAAAGGCAAGAGAAAGCCACGGAUAGAGGAGGUGCUGCUGGUGCUCAGUCUGCUGCAGCAGGGCACCUCACUGCGCACUGUCAACGAGCGCUUCCACGCAAUCUGCCGUCGUGCACGCUUCGACGUACGCAACCUCAUCGUCUUCUCGCAGAUGCACGGUCUCAUACGCUGUCUCAAGAAAUAUCCGACGUACACACGAGGGCGGUCGAGGCCUGCUACAUUCGGAUCCGAAGUGAAAGGUUUACAGAAGCUGUUCACAGGAGAGAGGUGCACAGAUGAGAUCUGCUGCCUCACCUCCAUUGAUAUACCCUCGCUGGAGCGCAUCAUUGAGGAUGACCCCAAUGUUGCAGUCAUAGUGUGUUAACAUAUUUUUAUACAACAUUUAACAAUCGUGUCAUCACA